GUUGGUGUGGAUACACUGUGGAGCGCACGACUCACGAACUCUUGUGCAGCGCAUCUCUUACACAAAUGGAUAUUUACGUGACUUUGUUGUCCUUUUUCUUUUUCACCAAACCAGCUUUUGUUUUCGGUUUAGAUCAAGACUACCAGAUUGAUAUCAUCAAUGAACUUGACCUGGUAAAUGCCACCUAUGGAAUUACCCAAGUGGCGGGGCUUCACAACGGCAGCAAAGCCUUCCUUUUCCGAGAUGUGGGGAGAGCUGUACAUGCCCCGGCACACAUCACAGAAAAAGUGGUGCAACUCUUCAGGAGUAAAAGUGAGUUUACCUUCUUGGCCUCCAUCCAGCAGAAGUCCUCCACGUCAGGAGUAAUUUUCUCCAUCCACGAGUCAGAACACAGUUACUUUGAACUGGAGAGCAGCGGCGUGAGGGAGGAGAUCCGCUACCAUUACCGCUUCAAAGGCAAGCCGCGCUCCGAGUCCUUCCCCUACCGCCUUGCUGACGGCCAGUGGCACAAGAUCGCCCUCACCAUCAGCGCCUCCCACUUGCUGCUGCACGUCGACUGUAACAGGAUUUAUGAGCGGGUGAUAGACCCUCCUCAGAUGGAGCUCACCUUAGGCAGUGGAGUGUGGCUAGGGCAGCACAGCCACAAGCACGGUCUGUUCAAGGGCAUCAUCCAGGAUGUGAAACUGAUCUUCGCUCCCAACGGCUACAUCACACAGUGUCCUAAUUUAAACCGCACCUGUCCGACCUGCAGCGAUUUCCUGAGCCUAGUUCAGGGCAUCAUGGACCUGCAGGAGCUUCUUGCCAAGAUGACCCUAAAGCUGAACUAUGCUGAGUCUAGGUUGACCCAACUGGAGGGUUGUCACUGUGAGAGGACCUGCAGUGCCAACGGCUUGGUGUACCGUGAUAAAGAGCUGUGGGUGGAGCCUGAGAACUGCAGGAACUGUGCAUGUAAGAACGGUGUGGUGGAGUGUCGCAGGAUUUUCUGUCCUCCAGCAAACUGCUCUGAAGACUUGCUGCCCGUACAUGUUGAUGGAACCUGCUGCAAAACAUGCAGACCUAAAUGCACCUACUUGGGCCAGACGUUCUCUGAAGGCCAGCGUUUUCUGUCCAGGAGCUGCAGGGAAUGCAAGAAUGGCCUGAUGGUGAAAGUUACAGAAACGUGUCCAGAGCUCAACUGUACCAUCAGCGAACAGAUCUUACCAGAGGGCAGAUGCUGCAAUGUCUGCCGAGGUUAUGACUUCUGCGCAGAGGGACUCAUUUGUGGAGAAAACUCUGAGUGUAAAAACAGAAAUGCUAAAGCAGAGUGUGAAUGCAAAAGUGGCUAUGCCUCCAUCCACGGGGAUUCUACAUAUUGUGAAGAUAUCGAUGAGUGUGCAACGCAGAUGCAUUACUGCCAGUCCAACACGGUGUGUGUCAACCUGCCCGGCAGCCAUCGUUGCGACUGUUUACCAGGAUUCAUCAGAGUAGACGAAUACUCCUGCACCGAGCAUGACGAGUGUGCCAGCGGCCAGAAUUUGUGUGAUGAGAACGCCAUCUGCACCAACACCAUCAGAGGACACCUGUGCACCUGCAAGCCGGGCUACGUGGGCAAUGGCACCAUCUGCAGGGCCUUCUGUGAGGAGGGAUGCCGGAGUGGAGGAACCUGCAUAUCUCCAAACACGUGCAUCUGUCCGUCAGGAUUUACAGGACGGCACUGUGAGACAGAUAUUGAUGAAUGUGCAGAGGGCCUGAUUGAGUGCCACAACCACUCCCGCUGCGUCAACCUGCCCGGCUGGUACCACUGCGAAUGCAGAAAUGGUUUCCAUGACAAUGGAUCCUACCAGCUCGAUGGGAGCUCCUGCAUUGACAUUGACGAGUGCAGUUUGCAGACACACACUUGCUGGAAUGACAGUGUGUGUGUGAACCUGCCAGGAGGCUACGACUGUGUGUGCACAUCUGGACCGGGCUGCAGCGGCGAUUGUCCACAGGAAGCGGGAAUUAGGCGCAACGGAGAAGAUUGGAAACCCAGCUUUGACCGCUGUGCUAUAUGCUCCUGCAAGGACGGGCAGACAUAUUGCAGAAGGAGACCCUGUGACUGUGGAGACCCAGAUGAGGAUCUGUUCUGCUGCCCUGGCUGUGACAACAGGCCCAGCAGUCAGUGUCUGGACCAGAGCGGACGCACACUCUAUCGCAGCGGAGCGUCCUGGCUGUAUGGGUGUCAGCAGUGCCGCUGCAUGGAGGGGGAGGUGGACUGUUGGCCUCUGGUUUGUCCCAUCUUGAUGUGUGAGUACACAGCGGUGGCAGAGGGCGAGUGUUGCCCACGUUGCGUCACAGACCCCUGCCUGGCUGACAACCUGUCGUAUGACAUCCGGCAGACUUGCAAGGACCCUGCAGGCAUCACCCGCCUCAGCGGGGACGCAUGGCAUAUGCCCAAAUCACCCUGCACCACCUGCAAGUGUAAGAAUGGGAAUGUUUGCUGCUCAGUGGAUCUCGACUGCGUUCAGAACAACUAAAGCUCUCCUCCUCCUCUUACUCCCUUCACUACGGGACUGCCACGCACCCUCCACCAUCUGACGACUCUCCCCCCUGGAUUCAUAAGACAGACUCUCGCACGCACAUGUGCAUGGCAGUGUGUGCUCAGAAAACACACUGGACAGACUUGGGUGUCGAGGCUGCGCUUUCACGCCACAACUCUGACGAACAGUGAGUGUGAGUGACUCCGGAGGAGACAGAAGCCACGGUUACUCACCACGGUCACUGUGUUGUGUUUGUGUCUUUGUGUUUGAUCCCAUUUCACUAAAUGUCUUGAGGAAACUUGUGUAGUGUUUCGAACACUGACUCAGUUGAAUUCGUGUUAGUAGUAUUGAUUUUGCUCAAACAGACAUCCCAAUGAUACCUCCUACAGCAUCCGAUGUCCAGAGCCAAACAGCCGGUCAGAGGAGGAGAUGCUCCAUCUGUCUGUUUUACUUCUCGCUGGGUCACUCGCAGGAAAAUGUCACAAAGGAUUUGUAGCUGUUAUAACAAAAACAAAUGAAUAUUAAAUGUUUUAAGUUACUGAGUCAGAAGAUAGUUAAUAUAAUGUGGGAUCUGUUUCAAAUCACUUGUUGAGGCCGUUUCACCAUCUUUAACUGGACUAAAAUCUAACCAUAAGAUCUAUUGAUCUACAUCUUUACUCCAAAUAACUGGACUAAACUCUUCAUGGAUUUAUUUUAUUUCAGCUAAUCCGGGGGGGCACCACUUGGUUUCCACUUCUUCCUGUCCUCCCAAUCUUUGCCAUCAUGUGCAUCCAUAAAUUUUCUCUUUAGUGUUGUGUUUUCUUUAGCAUGGCAGCUCUAUCUGUAGUAGACAAGAAUCAAAGCCAAGGGAGAGAAUAAAGAAUAAAAAUUUAUGGCCGUGUGCAAAAGUUAGUCUGAAGACUCAGUGUUCAUCAAAGACCCUCUAAAUGCCAAACCCCCUAAUUAAACCACAGCCUUCAGUCAAGACGCUGGGGUAUUCCUCUCUUGAUCCAUUAACACUGUCCCUUAGCAUCACCAUCCUCUCUGAUGAAGAAGACCACCAGAUGCUUACACUUAACCCAUGGCAUGCUGUGUGUGUGAAAGCAGUGUGAUGGUGCACAACAGAUUCCUGCCGGCCAGGACAAGCACCAGCCAGAGCUGUUGAUUAAAUCGGCACAGCUCGUGGUGGGUUUGACUUCUCCUGCAUCUCCUGGGGCUCCUGCUCAGCUCCAUAUGGCAACCAGAGCAGCAAAGGGACAAAAAAAAUAGAAGAAAGCUGGGGAGAGAGUGGAUAAUUAAAGCCAUGUCACACAGGCCUGGAUUUGAGUAUGCCAGGAGGUCACCAAAUGUUGAAUCUGUUUACA